AUGAACCCUCCCGCUCCUCAGCCAUCGCUAUGCGAGUCUCAGCAGACAUCCCGUGAGCCGUCAACGUCUGGGCAGUCGUUUUCCUCGGCGACGAGCGAGCCGGCGUCCAAUGCUGGGAUUACUACUACCGGCGCAAUGGUAGCCUCCCCAGUUGCGUUGGAGCCUACCGCCGCGCCGGCGAUUCCCUCGCAGCAGUCGCAGCCGCAGCUGCCCCGCCGCGCGUACACAGAAAGCGGCACAUCCACGCCCUCGUCUCCUACCACUCGUGAGGCAACACGCCAGGCCAAGCAUCACACCGGGCCGCUGCACGAUCUUCGUCGCUUCCUCAACCACCACAUCGGCAACAACAACCACGACAAGGAGCGUGCGCACACGACAGGGGACUUGUCGCCUGGAUCUGCUACGCCCAUUUCUCCGUCGGGCGCGGCCACUCCUGGCGCCCAGCUCCGCGGCAGUAACUUCUUCACAUCAGGCGGAAGCGGAUCUACGACCCCUGCCCCGAGCGAGGGCACCCCUGACAGCCGCAGGACCACUGGUGACAAGAACGACAAAGAUCAUCACGGCCACCACUCGUCACACCUUGUCGGCUUCAUGCGCCAUCACCACCGCGACAAGGACGGUGAAAAGUCCCACUCGUCGCUCGCCUCGUUCUUCGGACACUCGGAAAAGAAGAAGCAGAAGAAGGAAAGGGAGCGCGCAGAGAAGGAGCGCAAGCUGUCGGGUGACGUGGGGGGUCACGAUGGCUCGUCACGUCCAUCGUCGGCCGCACCGAGCCGUACGCCUACGAUGAUGAUGCUGGACAAGCAGCACCUGCACGACGACCACCAUCUGCCAUCAGGCGCCCACACGCCAUCAAGGCACUCUGGCCACGCGACGCCAAAGAACCUCGGCGAUUAUCCCAGCGUUCCCGAACCUGUCAUUGCCCUCACCCAUCCGUCGUCUAUCGAGGCUACACACGCUCACCUCACCAAGAUGUACGGCAAGUGGGGACGCGUGCUCGGCUCGGGUGCUGGUGGUACAGUGCGCCUCAUCAAGUCAGACUCGCGCAAGGGUGGCACCACUUACGCUGUCAAGGAGUUCCGACCGAGGAGGCAGGGCGAGAGCGAGAAGGAGUAUCUGCGCAAGGUCACUGCCGAAUUCUGCGUCGGCGUCACGCUGCACCACACCAACGUCAUUGAAACGGUCGACAUUGUCUGCGACCACGGCCGCUACUACGAGAUCAUGGAGUAUGCGCCCUACGACCUGUUCUCUGUCGUCAUGUCGGGCAAGAUGAACCGGCCCGAGAUCUACUGUGUGUUUCGUCAGAUCAUCGACGGUGUCAACUACCUCCACAGUAUGGGUCUCGCGCAUCGCGACCUGAAGCUUGACAACUGCGUCAUGACCAGCGGUAACAUUGUCAAGCUCAUUGACUUUGGCACAGCCACUGUGUUCCACUACCCCGGCAAGCACCAGAUUCCCGCAUCUGGCGUGGUCGGAUCAGACCCUUACCUGGCGCCCGAGGUUCUCACAAAGGAGACAUACGACCCGCGACUCACGGACGUGUGGUCGGUGGCGAUCAUAUUCAUGUGCAUGAUCCUGCGCCGCUUCCCGUGGAAAAUCCCCGACUACAAGACGGACAUGAGCUUCAAGCUCUACGUCAACACACACCCGGAUCUGUGCAAGAAGCCCGCGAUCAAGACGCCUGCGCCUUCGGUCAUAAACGGCCUUGACCACCCACGCCAGCGUGGACCUGGUCACGAGACACUCAAGGCUGACGGUUCGUCCACGCUUCCCUUUGUUGACCGGACGACGACUGCCUCGACCACGAGCACCGUCGUUCCUGGCAGCGGUGCCGCGCUUGGUACAUCGUCUUCCAACUCGAGCAGCGACACGCAGACGCCGCGCGUUGAUCGCUUGCAGAUCACCGACAGCCCGGUACAGGACGCAUCGGACAAGUACUUCCCGCGCAGGCAUGACUCUACUGCUUCGCUGCCCGCCAUUGCGGCUGGUCCGUUUGGCCGCCAGAUCCCCGCGCGGCAGCAGACUUUGCCACCACCACAAGCGUUCCCGGCGGACGCGGUUGAAGCCAAGACGAAGCCCCGCGUGGGCGGCGGCCGCGACCGAUCUGUGACGCUUGGUGCGCCAAGCGCGCCCAAGGAGGUGCGGCAAGAGCAGCAGAGGAGACGUGAGCGCGCGGCGAGCAUCAGCUCGACGCGGACGUACACGACUGGCGGCGCGGAGAGUAUAUUCCGCCUGCUGCCGCGUGAGAGCCGCUCUGCAAUUAUGCGCAUGCUUGCAGUAGAGCCGACGAUCCGGUGCACGCUCGGUGACCUGCUGUUCGGCGAGGGCAAGGACGACCAGAUGUGCCCGUGCGGCCGUGCCGAGUGCGGGGGCAGCCUGUCGAGGCCGCCGUCCGAGCUGACGGGCGUGGACGAGGACGACGACGAGGGCGACCACUGGAUCCAGAGCAUCGAGUGCUGCUCGCACCACCCGGGCAAGCCCGUCAACCACACGCACAUCAAGGUCGUGCAGGACGAGAAGCCGAAGAAGAAGCUCUUCCACUAGACGGGGCAUUGCUGAGGCCCGGCUGUGCGUGUUGCCUGAGCGUGCGUCAGCCGCUGGACAUGUACUAAGCUAGCGCGUGUAUUGUCGCAUGGUUGAUCUAGAAUGUAGUAGUCUUGAGAUUGGGGGUUGAGUUGGGUGUGGUUGUGGUUGUGGUUGUGGUUGUGGUGUGGCGUGAGGCGUGUGGCGUGUGGCGUGUGGCGUGUGGUGGCUGUCAAGCGGGCAACUGUCAUGGAGGAGAUGCGAUACGAUAUGCCUUGCGCCACUCG